AUGCUUGGAGACCACAGCGGUCUCCCCGCAGAGCGAGCUCUGCUCAGCCAGCCCCCCAAGGCUGGGCUCAGCUGCAAGACAGUGCUUCAGGCAGUUGGCAAAGUGCUCAGGAAGUCCAAAGCCAAGCCCAACGGGAAGAAGCCUGCCGCCGAGGAGAAGAAGGUGUACUUGGAGCCAGAGUACGCCAAGUCCAGGAUCACGGACUUCGGGUUCAAGGAGCUGGUGGUGCUGCCCCGGGAGAUCGACCUCAACGAGUGGCUGGCCAGCAACACCACGACGUUCUUCCACCACGUGAACCUGCAGUAUAGCACCAUCUCGGAGUUCUGCACGGGGGAGGCGUGCCAGACCAUGGCCGUGUGCAACACACAGUACUACUGGCACGACGAGCGGGGCAAGAAGCUGAAGUGCACGGCCCCGCAGUACGUGGACUUCGUCAUGAGCUCCGUGCAGAAGCUGGUCACCGACGAGGACGUGUUCCCCACGAAAUACGGCCGCGAGUUCCCCAGCUCCUUCGAGGCCCUGGUGAAGAAGAUCUGCAAGUACCUGUUCCACGUGCUGGCGCACAUCUACUCGGCGCACUUCAAGGAGACCCUGGCGCUCGAGCUGCACGGACACUUGAACACGCUUUACGUGCACUUCAUCCUCUUCGCCCGCGAGUUCAACCUGCUCGACCCCAAAGAGACGGCGGUCAUGGACGACCUGACGGAGGCGCUGUGCGGCGGGGGCGGCGGGGACGGGCCGGGCGGGGCGGCGGGCGCACAGAACCACGUCAAGGAGAGGUGA